AUGUCACCCGUCUUGCAGGCAAACCUAUCCGAGUUGUACGAUUCCAUGGUGAAGAAGCGACCGGAUCAGGAAGGCCAUUCGGAGAGGCCAGAUGGGCUGAUCGAGCAGACUUUUUCGGAGGUAAGAGGUGAAGAUGACCAGCACAACGAACUGGAUCAGGAGAAAGGGAAAACGAAACUGGAGAGAUCAAACGACAUCGGGCCUGAAUCUACCGGAAUGUCGCUAUUAAUGCAAAUGCAUCGGUACCCGUCGAUCUGGGAAACGGCCCAGAUUGUACCAUCGGAGGGCCGAGGUUCCAUUCGCCGGUCGGGACGGGACGACGAACUUGCUGCUUCGCCGGAAUGGGGGCCGACAGAGCAUGCAAACCGGUUGGCGAGCGGGGGCGCCGAGGGAAGGAGACUGAAGAAGCGGGAGGCCUACAUGAGCCGAGGAAAGAAGACGGAGGAGAUAAAGACUCACAAACCGCACGUCUUCGAGGAGGCCCAGCCAAGCCUUCUGCGAACCGGCGAUUGGGAGAAUGAAGCAGUCUCAGAUCCGGAACGUCUAGCGCCGAGAUCGUUUCUCCGCCUCGUCCACUUCGAGCAGAAGGGACAGGCAGCUCUGGUGCGUUUCUGGUUGCCGCCGUUGCUCAACGAACGUCAAAUUGUGCUCUACCCUCUACUGGUUAUCGCGCUGCGGCGUGAUCUGGCCAGGAUCAUGACACCGGAAGACUGGAAAAAUCUGCAGAACAUGACCAAGAGGAAAUCAAGCACCAGUGGACUGCAGUUUCGACCUCGCAUCGGUCUUAUCAACAAUAAAUUGCGCAAGUUUGGCAUUGUAAGACGGCCUAAGUUAAGGACAGUACGCCCAGUUGAAGUGGCUUCGGAGGUGACAGCAGCUGCUAAUCAGCAAGACCCUGGAAACGAGUUAACAAUUAGUCCUUCAAAAAUAGCGCCUGGAGUGAAAUGCACUCUGGGACUGGAACCGAGUGAAGUGGGCCAACCAGAAACAGAAGGAACGGAUCUACGAGACAAUGAGAGGAUCCGGAUUGGAGGCCCGAGUCGGAUCAGCCCAUCGAAAGACAAGGGCAACUCUCUCCUCGACGACCGAGACGACAACGGCUCCGGCGCCGAGCUCGAGUUGGAACUGGCCGUCUACUUGUCCGGGACCUUCGACGUGCUCGUCUGUCGUGUGGAGGCGUGGGCCGACAGGGCACGCGUAGACGUACAGAAUGGAGGGCCGGGUCAAGAGAAAGUCGAUCUCGAAUGGACUGCUCUAGCGUGGACUCAACUCGGCUCUGUCGACGCCUUCGCGAAGAGGCACCGUGACGGAUGCGCCCGAUGCAUCAGGUCCUACUCAAAUUGGAUGGACACUUUGAUACUUACGGUGAGUUCUCGGAACAUCCAGCCUGUCCAAAAGCAUCCAGCUCCGCGUUUGGUGCAGUUGGGUCAGGAGGAUGAUGGCAAAAAGCUAUCUUCAUAA